CGUCAAUUCUCCCUGAGCAGUUCAAGUCUCCCUUGUCCACAAUGGACCAGACGCGCCCCCUCCGCUCGCACUCGUACUCCAAUCUGGACGAGGUGACGUUUACACACCUCAACUGGGUCAUCGCUCUGGACUUUGCAGCCCAGCAGCUCAAGGGAUACGCCGAGUACACUUUCCACCACGCGUCGACCGCCACGUCUUCCGUUGUGGUGCUAGACACGCACCAUUUGAACGUCUCUAAGGCCUAUGCGGACGGCAAGGAGACGACCUUCACUCUGGCCGAGAAGGAGCACCCAGUGUUCGGCCGCGCACUCGUCGUAUCCGUGCCAACCCACGCCACAAAGAUCCGUGUGGAUUACACCACGUCGACGGCCUCUAGUGGCCUGCAGUGGCUCAGCAAGGAGCUAACGGCGGGCAAGACGCACCCCUACCUCUUCACGCAGUGCCAGGCCAUCCACGCACGCACUAUCGUGCCGUGUCCGGACACGCCGGCCUGCAAAUUCACGUACUCAGCCACCGUCACAGUGCCGGACUGGUGCACGUGUCUGAUGAGCGCAAUUGCGGACCCCCAGGGCCGUAAGAACCACAACAGUGUGGACUCCACCUACCAGGUCUCAUUCCAGCAGUCAGUGCCCAUUCCUUCCUAUCUUCUGGCCAUAGUGGCCGGCAAACUGGAGAGUGUGGACUUGGGUCCGCGUAGUCGCGUCUGGGCCGAGCCUACUGUGGUUACUAAAGCCGCGCAUGAGUUUGCACAGACUGAGGCCUUUUUGCAGCAUGCCGAGGAGAUCACAGGCCAGGAAUAUGUGUGGAAGAGAUACGAUCUCGUGUGUCUACCGCCUUCCUUCCCGUACGGAGGCAUGGAGAACCCGUGCUUGACGUUCGUGACCCCCACGCUACUGGCAGGAGACCGCUCGCUUGCUGACGUUGUGGCCCACGAGAUCUCGCACUCGUGGACUGGAAACCUCGUGACGAACCGCUCGUGGACGGACUUCUGGCUCAAUGAGGGCUGGACCAUGUGGCUGGAACGGAAGAUCCAGACGCGCAUUGCGCAGGAUCCCAAGGCUUACGACCUCAAGGCUGCAAUGGGACUACGUGACCUGAUCGAGUCGGUGGAGGAGUUCGGCCACACACAUCCGUACACGGCGCUGGUGCCUAACACGGACGGCAUCGACCCAGACGAGGUGUUUUCCUCGAUCCCGUAUGAAAAGGGCUUCAACUUCCUACACUAUUUGUCAACGGUGGUUGGAGGCCACGAAGUGUUCGAUAAGUUCGCCAAGGCUUACAUCCAGGAGUUCAAGUUUAAAACACUCACUUCGAGUGAGUUCCGCGCCUUCUUUGAAAAGUACUUUGCUGACAAACAGGAGGCUCUACGUACGAUCGACUGGGAGGCCUGGUACCACUCGCCUGGUAUGCCUCCUGUGGCCAAUAAGUUCGAUACAACGUUGACCGGUCAAGCGACCAAAUUGGGCGAGCAGAUGACGUCCAGUAGCAACCCGGAAACGUGGACGAGUGUUGGUCAGGAUGUACUGAAGAAGUGGCCAACAAGUCUGUGGAUUCUUCUGCUCGACACGCUGCUACUGAAACAGGAACACGCGAGCUUCACGCCUGCUCAUCUGGAUGCCAUCGACUCGUUCACGCACCACCAUUUGACAACCACGAACAACUCGGAGCUGCGGUUCCGUUGGUACACCUUGUCGCUGCGUUCGGGCGACCUGCGUGUGCUUGACAGGGCUGUGGAGAUGCUCAAAGAACAGGGUCGUAUGAAGUUCGUGCGCCCGCUCUUCCGUGAUUUGUGCACAGCUUUGGGUCCUGCUCAGGCUGAGGCAAUCUUUGCGGACUGUAAACAUUUGUACCACCCGAUCGCCGCCAAGAUGAUCCAACGUGACAUUGAGAACAGCAUCGCCAAGGCUAAAGGCAGGAAGGUCAAGUUCGCUUCCCCGACGACUCCUAGUGCUCUGGCACAGUGGCUGGGAGUGUCGGACGAGGUCGUGACCUAUGCCGCUGUGGCCGCUGCUGUCACUACGGUGGCGCUUAUCGUUGUGUCUCGCCGACGGUAGACAUACCGCAUGAUCCAGACCACAGCGUCAAGAUACGAAACACACCAAAAAAUCGGGUAAGUGUCGCCUAGCACAAUUUGAAUGAACAAACACGUUUGCGAAUUAGGAGUUCGGUAUCUGCGAUUGUUCAAUACUGGAAUUGUCAACACUAGUAGGGCUUCUGUAGUAUGUGUAUCACUCAGGCUCAAGCGCAAGUCCAAAGCGCAUGUUGUAACGGGGCCGACUGGAACGAAAACGCCUGGAUUAAUGAGCUAAGAAAGAUGUCAGAACCAGGUACUGUCGUUCAGUGUCGGUAAAGCAUUACUUAGUAAAGACUUUUCGAGCACCAAAUUAUAC